UAACGCUCCACGAGAUUUACACAGUCGUUUCGAUAUUUGAUAGAACUUUUUCAAUUUUUCGUCACAAAAAUCACCACUUUAAACAUGGAAAGCGGCGAAAGUGCCAAUAAAACGAAUAAUCGCGACAAAUACUGUUGGAUUUGUCACAAGGCGCGCUCAAGUUCCAAAUUCCAAUGUACAACUUGUUCCCGUUCAUUUCAUGACUCUUGCGUUAUUCCCGUUCUGAACGAUAUUGGUGGUGCAAAUUCGGAAUGUUGUGCCGUGUGCAUUACCAUGAGGAGGACAAAGGAUGCCGAAGAGAAAAAACAGUUGAAAAUGCUAAAGUACGUGAUGAAUGACGUUUCACGCAAUCCCGAGUUCAAAAUAUUGAAAAAUUUGACUUGGCAAAACUCCAGUGAUGAAAUUUUCCACCCAAUCGACCUCAGUAAAAUUAAACAGCUGGUCAAAAAGCAGUCGUACGACAGUUUCAAUGCGUUUCUCGUCGAUAUCAAGUACAUUCAUCACAACAGUGCCAUUUACUCAGGAGAAUCCAGUUGUACUACUGCUGCCAGCAAGUUACACACAUUUUGUAUGAAGGAGACGGAAAUAAUUACGGACUGUGCUGGUUGUUAUGAAAACAAACGAUUGAAACCAACUCAAUGGCGGACGAUGGCGUGUGACGAACCACAUUUGAUAUUGGUCGUGAAAUUGAAAAAUGGAUUGGAGCCAGCAAAAUUCAUCUCAGCCACGGACGAUCGGGAACUCGUCAAGGUCGUGUUGUUUGGCCAUGAUACAUUUAUCAAGAUCCCAACUCAAAGUUGCCGUUUGUACGCAAUGAAAAUAUCGGCCGAAGUCAACGUCAAGGAUGGUUAUGAGGAGCUGAAACAGUACGUGAAGAACGUUGAAAAGAAGUUCAACUGUCGUUUUGUGGACACAUUACCCUGCACUCCGCUUGAUUUGGAUCGCAUUGACGAACACAUGGAUGCAAUGUUCCCGGGAUACAACGACUGUAUUCCACCAGAGAACAAGGUUACCGAGGUCAUAAGCAUCAAAGACGAUGAUUAUGACUCAGAUAGUGAUCGCAAGGAUAAUUUUGGCACCGAAGGCUCUCCGGUAAAAAUGCGGCGCAUUGAAAUUGAUGAUUUUUCAGCAUUCCAGCAGAUUCGCCAUCUGAGCGACACUUUACAGUCAAAAUUCGAAGUGCAACAAAAUGAAUUGAACACAUUGAAGCGAAAAUAUGUGAAUCGUGAAAAAUUGAACAAAGAGUUGAGCGAGCGUUUGCAAACCAUGACUGCAGAGCGUGAACAAAUCAAACUGAAUGAGAUCCAAAUGAAAGAAAUGUACGACGGACAAGUGGCAUCUCUCAAUAAUCAGCUAUCCAUUGAAGUGAAGGAGAAAGAGCUAAAGCAAUCUCGACUUCGUCUGUUGCAUAGCGAAAAUAAACAAAAGGCUAUAAAACUGACUCAGGCCGCUAAAAAUGUGAACCAACUGCAAAUGAGUGCAAAGGAAACGAAAGAUGCGUAUGAAAAAGAGGUGGCAGCACUCAAUCAAUCGUUUUCGAUUGAAAUUCAAAAUGCAAAGACCGCAAUGGACAAAUUAAAAACUGAUCAUGCCAACGAAAUGGCCACGUUGAAUGAAGUACACCAACGGGUACUCGGUGAAAAUCAAACAUUGUUGCAAAAAAUUGAAGCGAUGAGUUCGGAAAAUACUGCAGCAUUAACCAAAGCAAACGAUGAAAUAGCCAAUUUAAAGGAAACACAUGAAAAAUUAAUUGAAGAAUUGCGCGAAAAUGUGCAAAAAACAAUGGACGAACAAAUUGCCAAACUUUGUGAACAACACAAAAAAGAUAUAGAGGACGCUGUAGAACGAUCAAAAAAAGAAAACUUUCAUGCAAUUCAAAAAGAAUUACCGGCGUUUUUCGCGAAUCAAACAUCGGCAUUUAUUGAAAUGCUUAAACAAUGAACGAAAGUUCAUUUUGAACACUUUGGAAUUUAAGGCCU